AUGACUUCAGAAGUAAAGCCUCAGAACUAUAUUCAGGAUCGACUAGAUGCACUUUCAGAGAUUGAUUCGCGGAUCGUCUCGUUACUUGAGAGUUUUUCCACUGUAUUUGAAUCAUAUUCGAAAAAAGACAAAGAGGGGUUUGCAUCGGAGACCAAGUCGAUAUAUCAGCAAUUGAGUAAAGUUGCUAUAAAUCUACGCAAGGAGGUGAAACAUAUGGACGAUAAUAUAGGAGUCUAUGACAAGAAUAAAGAUGGAGUAAUGAUAUUACCUAUAAAUGUCGAUCAAAAGAACACAUUAUUGGGACGCGAGAAACUAAAUUUGGAAGUGGUUGAGAUGGCACAGCUAUUGGGAAAAGACAGUCCAUUUGAUUCUGGACUGGCACCGGCACCCCUUGAUGAACAAAAAAAAGAUACAUCCACGCAAGAAAAUUCCAGCAGUGUCAACAUAAAGGAGGAAUUUAAAGACAAUGACAAUAGCAAUGACAAUGAUAAUGAGAAAGAACAGGAAAAAGAUGGAUCGUCAGCUGAUGACCGAGAUCAGAGCAUGGUAGAUGUAGCAAAUGCUGCUGACGUAGCCGAAGUGUCAGAUGCGGCUGAGGUCAAUAGAGUCAAUGAGGUGCCAGGUUCUACACCAGGUUCUACACCAGGUUCGUCUCGUGAUCAGAUAAUGGCAGAUGUUGAAGUGGUUGAGCCGCAAAAGGAAGACACUAGCAGACAGCCAGAUGGCGAAUCGUCUGAUAAAGAUGAAGACUUUGAAAUGGUUGAGUAA